AUGUCACCCGCAAUCUUGUUCUGGGGGACGCCCGUCUUGCUCGUCACCUCCGAAAACGAGGAUGGAACAGAAAACAUCUCUGCGGUAUCAUCAGUAUGGUGGCUUGGCCACCGAUGUGUCCUCGGACUUGCUGCCGAAAGCAAGACACCCCAAAACAUUAUUCGAACUGGGCAAUGUGUUGUCAACCUCCCAGACGAUACCAUGACUCAUCAUGUCAACCUGCUAGCCGGUACGACUGGCACUGAGCAUCCUUCUGCAUCAAAGAUAGACAGAGGAUACCGCUAUGUCAAAGACAAAUGGACCCGUGCGCAACUCACCCCUCAAAAAUCCGACCUUGUCCGGCCCAGUCGUAUCUUAGAGUGCCCCGUUCAGAUGGAGUGCGAAUUAGCAGAGAAUCAUGAAACUAUGAAGGACUAUCCUGACCUGAGAGGCGCCAUUGCUGCUAUUGAGCUUAAAGUACUUCGAACUCACGUCGUGGAUGGAAUCCGGAUGGCUGGCUAUCCAAACCGCAUUGAUCCCGAUCGCUGGAGGCCCCUCAUCUCGUCCUUUCAGGAAUUCUAUGGGUUGAGCGGAAAUAAGCUGUCGAACAGCAGACUCGGCAAGAUUGAAGAAGAAAAAUAUCGCGCAUUUACACGAAGCCAACUUGUUACACUUCCAGGUGACGGGGAUAAAGAGGAAGUUGAGAAGCGCUAUUCGCAGACAAACGGAAAGAUUGAGAAUGAGAAUUAG